UAUAUAUAUAUAUAUAUAGACGCGAAGGAGGCUUAGCCGCAGCGAAACUUUCGACGAAGAGGCUUCUCCUAUUUUCUUGUUCACAGAGUCGCGAAUCAUGUCCACCGGCACCGACGAGAGGAUGGACAGACUUUUCCCCAAGCCACAGAGAAAAGAGAUGUUGCGCUCCACGUAUGUUAUGUUCGACGCGGAGGAUAUCUCAAUCCAUGAUCUUCUUUUGUAUAGAAAGAAUAUCGUAACAGCUAUUGAGAAAGACAAUUAUCGAGGGCGGAUUAAAAUCAAGUGUUACUUUGGUGAAAAUAUAACCAUCCCCGAAGAUUUGCUUGACCACUAUUACAAUGCCGGAAUUUUUUCCAAAACAAUUAAAGGGGACAGAGUUGGUCGAAUGAACAUGAUGUUAGUGGAGCUUAUUUUCUGGGCAAUGUCCCAUUAUCCUGCAGGAACAAAUGUGCUAAUAAUCACAAAGAACCAAAAUAUCCUAGAAGAACACAAGGUCUGGAAUAUUAUUGAAGCUUUGCGAGAGAGAGAUUUCCAUUUUGUCAUUGAACAUCCUGAUACCUUCUUUCUGCCAGCAGCAUGCGCCGAAAGUUCUGAGGUCGUUGUUCCAAUAGAUACCAGUAAGGACGUUCGAUCAGAUGAUGGCUCUUCAAAAAUAAAUAGCUAACUUGAGACUUUUUUAAUAUGAUGUUGUUUAACAUUUCAUUUUAUAUGUAUUUGACAUCAACAUGACCCCUAUGUGGGACGGGUAUCAAACAAUUUACAAUAAGUAUAUUUAUAUUGCUU